GCUGAGCCAGCACCACCCCCGCGGUCUAGUGAUCAAGUCUCCCCGGCGUUCGAGCAUGAGGAUUACCUGCAAGACCAACCCCGUUGGAACAUCUACAUGACGUCCAGUCAUACCCCAAACAUGGCAGCUGCUUCUUUCCACCAGAGACGCUCGACAAAUUCUCAACAAUCCAACUCCGUCCCCUCUACGCCGCAUCAACAUCCACGAGAUCUUCGCUUCCAUUCCCGAUCGCCUUCACCCAGCAAGACGAUAGGCCACAGCUCCCCUCAUUCGUCGGCCUCUGGGGCCGUCGGUACUCCCGCUGUACCAAAGCCAGCGCAAGGAAUCUGUAAAUUCGAGAGCGGCGCCGAGUACAGAACGCGACGAAUUCCCUACCUCGACGGUGGCAAUGAGCCGUUACCACCGCCAACUGAAGAGCCCAAGGCGGCUCUUGAAGCAGAACAGGAUGUUAAGCUGAGUGGCGACAUGAGGGAACUCUACGACCGGUUAUUGCCAACAGAUGAGAGCGAAGAAAGAAGGCGGAAACUCGUUCAGAAAUUAGAGGACAUCUUGAACGGAGAGUGGCCAGGCAAUGAGAUCAGAGUCAAUGUCUUUGGUUCAUCCGGCAAUCUGCUCAGCUCGAACGACUCUGAUGUUGAUGUUUGUGUAACCACACCCCUGAAAGCGCUCGAGUCCAUGCACACCUUGGCUGCAGUUCUAGACAGACACGGCAUGGAUAAGGUCAUUUGCCGAGCGUCUGCGAAAGUCCCAAUCGUCAAGAUUUGGGAUCCCGAAUUGCAACUGGCGUGCGAUUUGAAUGUCAACAACCCAUUGGCUCUCGAGAAUACGCGCAUGAUAAAAACAUACGUUCAGAUUGAUGAAAGGGUGCGGCCGCUUGCGAAGGUCAUCAAGUACUGGACGAAAAGAAGGAUACUGAACGAUGCUGCCUUUGGAGGCACUAUCAGUUCCUACACAUGGAUAUGCAUGAUUCUUAACUUCUUACAGACCCGCGAUCCUCCGAUUCUGCCGUCUCUCCAGAAGAUACCCAGCUCUCGCUCCACCCAGGCCAACGGCCAGAUUUCAUCAUUCGCCGACAAUCUAGAAGAGCUACGCGGGUUUGGUAAAGACAACCACGAAAGCCUCGGACAACUUAUUUUCUACUUCUUCCGGCACUACGGUUAUGUUUUCGACUACCAAGAAAAUGUCGUCUCGGUCAAGGAAGGAAGACCGAUCUCGCGUAAAGAGAAGGGUUGGGACACAAAGAAUUACACAGAGAAGGAGUCUCGUAGUAGCCUGUGUGUGGAAGAACCAUUCAACACCCAACGAAACCUUGGAAACUCUGCCGACGAUUAUGCUUUCAGCGGCAUACACAAGGAGAUCCGAAGAGCGUUCGAGCUGCUCAAGGACGGCUCAGGUCUCGAAGAGUGCUGUGCUCAGUUUGAGUGGCCAAUCGAGGAGAAGCCGAUAUUCCAACGACCGCCGCCCAAGCCUAAACCUAUCCUAACAAGAAGCGCUUCCCAAUCUGGACGUCCCAACAAUGGAAACAGUCAAGGGCGAGGGAAUGGGAAUGGCACGAGGAACAACCGCAAUUCGUCUAAUCAACGGAAUAACGGCCGUAGAUCCUCCAGUGGGACAGCAUACAACCCUAGGAUGCCGUAUGCCAUGAGCCCGCCGGUCGGGAUUAACCCUGCAGACUACUUUUCGUCUACGGCCAUGUCGACUGAUCAGUUGCACAAUCAACUCUACAAGCAGUACCGAUUCCUGCAAGCUCAACAAGAGGCCUUGAGGAAUCAGCUCUUGCAACAACAGCAGACCCAGGUUCAGCUACAGCAAGUUCAGGCACAGGCACAAGCUCGCGGUGUCGAUCUUGGUACUUCUCCCCGUGCGCGGCAAUUCACCAAUAACGUUCAAAGCCCGCAUAGUCCGCGAACGUUCGAGAACUCGCCUACAGCGGCUCCGCCUCUUUUGCCUGGAUAUCUCUACCAUUAUCCUGCCAGAUACCCUCCGCCGUCACCUUUGUCUCAGUCAAGGAAUACUGAAGAUGCCCUUGUCGGUCCCUCUUCACCUUCGCUGCAGAACGCAGCUCCUGCUCUGAGAAGAGGGGUACACCGUGGUUCUAUCACCGAAGGCACAGCCAACGCCUCAGUGCGUUCCCAGUCGCAGCCCGGGCGUUCUUUCCCAAAUCCUUUGACUCUUCAGGGCCUUGCGCACCCAGGCUACGACGUGUCUGGAGCUAUUGCCACACCUUACAUGAUGCCACGCUCCGUGCAGCAAUUUGCUCAGAUACAGCCAAAUGGCUCAAUCAGACAAACCAAUGGCUCGUUCUCUGGCGAAACCGCCAUGCCCAAGGAAUAUGUCGGAUACUAUGUUGGCCAAUCUCCUCAGCUUAUCCCUCAGUAUCAGAGCGGUAAUCUGGUACAGGUUCCACAGCUAAGGGAUAUCGCUCCGCAGCCUGAUAGACGCAUAUCUCCCGAGCUCACCCUUCCUAUUUCUGAUGGUUUGCGUCAUCAAUCUCGUUCGCCUUCGCCUUUUGCUGGUGGCCGUCGUCACUCGAGCUCGGCAUCCGCUCAUCCCAUCGCUGGUAAUCAGCCUUUUGUUCAACAGCCUCUUAGUUCUAUGCCAGUCCAGCCCAAGUUCAACGAGAACCAAGGGCCCGUCAUUGUCAACGGAUCUAAUAUGGCCAGCACGAAACAACGACAGCCUUCUGUGACAGCAGCUUCAGCUCCACUGGUCCAGAAGAGUAAUGGCACCUCUCCUGAUCUGAUCCCAACGGAGCAAAUCCAGCAGAUGUCAUUGGACGCAUCCAUGUUUCAUACGAAUGGCCAGCAGCACGACAUGGGUGAAGCAGCUCCAAGGCAUCUUGUGGGUCGCUCGAAUGGUCAUGUGGCCGAGCCCUCGUUGCCAGCGCAUGUAGCUCAGAACGUACCGACGCCAGUUUGGAGGCAGAAUGCUCCUGAUCCUCAGGGACUUUCCAACCAUAUGUCAUCCGCUUCGCAAGCUCAAGACACAAACCACACCUCUGUUUCGAGCCUUAGCCAGUCUAUGCAAGCAGCCUCGCUCCAUCCUUCGAUGGGAUCUCUUCUUUCGCCUGUCGCCGAAAUUCGCACUCCAUCGCCCACGGCAGGCCGAGCAGCUGAACCCUCCAAGAUUGCACCCCACCACAAGCUUGCACAAAGUGUGCAGAUUGCUAACGGCAAGAAUAUAGAGGCUGCCACAAAGACUCACAAUGGUAAUUCUGGUCGUCACGAUGGAGGCAAGCAUCAAGCUCCUACGAGCAAUUCGGCCAGCACUUGGCAGCAGGCUCCGGCAAGAAAGACACACAAGAAGAACAAAUCCAACACAGGAUCCAAGGGCUCGCACGUGCCCAAGACUAGUGGCGGAGAACCUCUGCCUGCCAACGAAGCCGACAGAAAGGGAGGAUGAAUGAACGAGCCAUUCGCAGUCGAUCCGAUUGAAUACUUGGUCCAAAAUUCUGCUUGCUAUUCGGAAUGCUGAUGUUUCGCCCGGGG